AAAUAGACAAAAUACAGUUUGUUUACAAGUGUACAGCUGAUGCCUGACGGUGGAGGUGGAUUAGGAGGCAGCGGUAGAAGAUUAUGUCUUUUUUCUGUCUGAUAUUAAAUUACAGGAUAUGGAAAAACUUUAACAUAGAUGUUCUAUAAGGCCAUGCAUUUAAUGUGAAAGUGCACAUAGGUAAGCAACAUGGGAGUCACUUCAGUGUGCUGCCUGGCCUCCCGAGUGUGGGCGAGGCACCUGAGGACUCAAGCUGCCAGCCAGCUGCCCCGGGGAAGCCAUCCCAGGCCUGAAGGGAGAGCCUCAGCCAAGGUUGUAUUGCCACUGACGGAGGAGGAUUUGCUGAAGAUAGCGGGAAACAGCUCAAGACAGAUGCAGCUUUUGGAAAGCACCAAAGAAAGUCACUCAAAGAAAACCGAACUUAAAUCUAUUGGUCUUAAAGAAAAGGGCAAGAAGGCAACUCCUCCUCCUCUUCCACCAGUCACUGAGGACAACCAGUUCCAGCGCCUUGCUGAGUCCGUCACUCCCCUGUGUGAGGUUCCAUACUUCAAGCAACUUGUGAUAAAAGAAAAGGAAUGCAAGAAAAUCCUUAAGGAACUGAGCCACAGGUUGUCUAAGGCUGGGCUACCAUUACAUAGAAACUUGAAGAAGCUGCCCUGUGUCCUUGAACCCACUAGGCCUUCACCAGAGUUGAUUGGAUACCGCAACAAAGAUGAGUUUGGGAUUCACUUUGGUGUUGAUGGCAACCCCAAGACUGUUGGCUUCUUCGUGGGGCGACCCUUGGAUCCGGAGAUGGUGUGUGUGCCACCCACCUUCCUCGUCAACAUGAGGGAGGAGCAUAAGCAGAUUGCACAGAGUUUCCAGAAGUUCAUCCGUCAGUCUCCCCACGAAGCCUGCCACCGCUUUGACACAGGCGGCGUGUGGCGGAACCUGGUGGUGCGCUCCACGGCCACCAGGAAGAAGAUGGCCUCUGUCAUCAUCCACCCUCAGGAGAUGCCCGAAGACGCCAUACAGGAAAUCAUGAAAGAUUUGCGCCAUUAUUUCUUCAACGGGGAAGGUUCUGAGUGUGAGCUGGACUCCUUGUACCUGCAGGCUUGCCCACACACACGCUGCACUCGAGAACAGGCACCAUAUCGCCUGGUGGCCGGCAAGGAGUGUAUCACAGAGACCUGCCUGGACCUCUCCUUCCAGAUCUCACCUGACUCAUUCUUCCAGAUCAAUACAAAGGGAGCUGAGGUUCUUUACAGCACUGUCAAGGAAAUAGCAGAAGUCUCCCCGGUCACCACCUUACUGGACAUUUGCUGUGGUACAGGUACGGUGAGUCUGGCCAUGGCACCGCAUGUCCGGGGCACCAUUGGCAUUGACGUCACCACCGGGGCUGUGGAGGACGCCAAGAAGAAUGCCACUCUUAACAACAUCAGCAAUGCCACCUUUAUUGCCGGCAGAGCUGAGAAGGUGCUGCCCCAGUUGACAACUGAGCUGGCCCAGUGUUCUGAUGUAGUGGCUGUAGUCAAUCCUGCAAGAGCUGGUUUGCACCCUAAAGUGAUCCGCACCAUCCGAAAGUGUGAGGCGAUCCAGAAGUUGCUGUAUGUGACCUGCAAGCCUGAGGGAUUUGCUAUGGAGAACUUUGUGAAGCUUGGUUCAAAGAACAUCAAGUCAGCCAAAGCCAGAGACACUGUUCCCUUUAUCCCCAAGUAUGCAGUGCCUGUUGACUUGUUUCCCCACACCACCCACAAGGAACUAGUCAUGCUGUUUGAACGUGCAGAGGUGUGAGGGAGGCAGGCAGGACCUACAGGGAAGGUCUACAGGGGAAGGACAGUGACAAGUUCGCCCUUAGUUAUGAAGUGCAGUGUUGUAUGUAGAUUUGUUAGUAAAUACAUGAGCUGAAUCACA